GAAAUCAUAAAGAGAGAAAAUAUGGCAAAAGAGGGAGAGGAGUUGGGGGGUAUAUUCUAGGCUUCUAGCCAUGAUUUGAACAAGCGAAGAAGCAUAUUCAAUCGAGAGAGUUCGUUAAGUAAGAAGGAACCUUGACGAGACGGAAGCUUGCUUCCUCCCUCUUCUCUCCAAACGAAUCAAAGUCGCCACUUGAACAGCGCCUUUUCCUUGGCUUUCCUCCAUUCACACCGACCACCUUAUAGUUUCUCUCUAGACGAAAGAAACAAGGAACAGGUAAUAGCAUCGCAACGUAGUAAUAUUGUAGAAAAAUCCAGACUUGGGAAUCCGGUUAUUGUAGCUAAAGAGGAAGAGCGAGAUGGAUGAGGCCGCGGAUACAUCUGUUUCGUCGUCCCUGUCAUCCACAAUCUUUACGAAUUACCCUCUCAUUUCUGCAUUCGCCGCCUUCGCUCUUGCCCAAUCCAUCAAGUUCUUCACCACCUGGUAUACUGAAAGAAGAUGGGAUUUCAAGCAACUCAUUGGAUCUGGUGGAAUGCCAUCAUCUCAUUCCGCAACUGUAACUGCUCUAGCUGCGGCUGUUGGGUUCCAGGAAGGCUUUGUAGGAUCCAUAUUUGCGAUUGCAUUGGUCUUAGCAUGUGUUGUGAUGUAUGAUGCCACUGGUGUGAGAUUACAUGCUGGACGCCAAGCAGAGGUCUUAAAUCGAAUUGUAUAUGAACUUCCUGCUGAGCAUCCUCUGGCGGAGAGUAGACCACUGCGUGAACUUCUUGGUCACACCCCAUUUCAGGUUAUUGCUGGUGGAGUGCUCGGGAUUGUCACGGCAGCUAUCGGCCAUUUGAUACCUUGACCAGCAGCUGAGUUUGAUGCUCAUGUAGAUCACGGAUAUCAUCAGGCAGCAUCUCUGAUUACCACAUGUAUUUGAUGAAGCAAGAGAGUACAGAAUUGCAACUCAGAAGAUCCGUCAACCUUAAUUCCUUAGAAAUAUGUAGCUCUUGUCUGCAUAUUCUUGUAUUGAAAUGCUUUCUUUUAAUAGAAGUCUGCUAGCAUUCAGAAGAUGGGAUUUGAUUGAUUCCAUAGUUUUUUAUGUAACAAAACUCUAUAAACCUAACAAAAAAGACGAUUCUUGAUUGUACCA